UGUUCUGCUUGACUCCAUUCGAUUCAGUUGACAGAUGUUGACAUAAGUUACAAUAAUUUAUUAAUAAAAAAGUUUAGAUUAUAAUUUGAGAUAUAAAAAUGGAUCUUUAUAAUGCAACGUUAAUAGAAAGUGCAAUUGAAAUUUACGACACAUAUUUCCAUCUCGUUGCGUCAAUAUUUCUGGUGGUCAUCUGUGGCGUGUACCUUUGGUUUGUGCUCGUUGCUGGGCCCGCAUGGAUGAAAAAUCGCGAACCUUACAACGUCAUUCAUUUAAUUCGUCUUUACAAUUUAUUUCAAGUGUUUGCUUGCACAGUUUACGUGACAAGAGCACAGCAAUUAGGAUUCUCUUUGAAAUAUAUUUUUAAGUGUGAGAAAUUCGAAAACUUCAGUGACUUGGUGAGGAUUGAAGUUAUAAUUGGCUAUUGGCUUUUCCUGGUGCUACGAACAAUUGAAUUCCUUGAAACUGUUUUCUUCGUGUUACGUAAAAAACAAAAUCAAGCUUCCUUCCUUCAUAUCUUUCAUCACAUUGGAUCUGUGGCUAUGACAUGGCUUUUUAUAAUAUCAAAUGCAGAACUUAUGGCAGUCUACAUCGCUAUCAUCAAUUCAAUGGUCCACAUGGUCAUGUACACUUAUUACUUCUUGACUUCAUUUAAAAAUGGAAAACUUGAAGUUAUUUGUUUGAAAGUGAAACCUUUUAUUACGAUCAUGCAAUUAGUUCAGUUUGGAAUCAUUAUAGCCCAUUGCAUCGUCGCAGUUCUGCCUGAUUGUAAUGCUGGUUACUUCUUCCAUCUUCAGAUCAUCAAUUUCAUUGUUUUAACAUUCCUGUUUGGUCAUUUCUUCAUUCAAAGUUAUUGCAGAAGCAAGAAAGAAGAUCGAUGUUCAUAUCAUUCAAAUUUUCCAAAAUGGCUAACAUAUCGGAAACAUUUUCCGAGAAUUCGACGACAACUCUCGAAGUUGCACAGGGAUGUAACUACACUCAAUCUUCCAGUGCUUUUCUCGACAGCUUUUCUUCUCAUUGUCAUAUUUGCUGUUUACAUGUGGUUUAUUUAUAUUUAUGGACCUAAAAUGAUGAAAUCUAAACGCCCUUAUAAGCUCAAGAACUUCAUUCGUGGCUAUAACAUCUUCCAAAUGGGCGCUUGCUUGGUUUUGGUUGUUCGUUCAUAUCAACUUGGCUUUGACUUUCGAUUCCUUUGGAGAUGCGAAGAUUUUUCAUGGCUAAGUGAAAGUGCAUUGAACGAGAUUGUUAUUGGAACUUGGUUCUUCCUUUUCUUACGUAUGUUCGAGUUUAUUGAAACAGUUUUCUUCAUCCUUCGGAAAAAGGAAAAUCAAGCGUCGUUCUUGCACGUUUAUCAUCAUGUUUCAACUGUAAUUUUGAUGUGGGUUUACUUAACAUACGACACAGAAUUGAUGGCACUCUACAACGCUUCAAUCAACUCGUUCAUUCAUGUCAUCAUGUACGGCUAUUACUUCUUAAGCUCAUAUAAGGGAACACGUGAAUGCCUAAGCUUCGUCAAACCAAUCAUUACAAUCAUGCAAUUAGUUCAGUUUGUUUUGAUUAUGGGUCAUUGUAUUAUUGCCAUUCUGCCAACUUGUUACGCUUCAGGAAUAUUCUUCCAUCUUCAAAUUGCCAACCUUUGCAUGCUGACAAUUCUCUUCAGUCAUUUUUUCAUUACAAAUUAUUUGAAGAAAAAGGAUUCGCCAGCUAGACUCUAAAUAAAUUUUAUUAUUAUAGGUAAAGUAAUUUGGAUCAAUAAAAUGGGCUUUCGAAGCUUUUAUUAUCAGGUUUUCAAUGAAAUUCCUUGGCAUUGUCAACUAACUUUCAUGAUCAUCUUAACCAGUUUAAUAUUUCCCUUGGUCAUUUUUUGGUUUUAGUAUCAAAAGUCGUCAAUCAAGUUCAAGCUCAAAGAAAAAAACGGCCACGAUAAUGAUGACGUUGUCGCUUUUUAUUUGAGAUUAGAAACAGAAAGAUCAUCCUUCGAAAACAGGUUCAUAUGGUGAUCAUUCU